AUGGGAUCAUCUUUAUCAAAAAAGCAAAAACAAGAGAUUGGGUCAAACUAUGCGGGAUAUACGAGUUUAGAGUUGUAUUCCAACUCCAAGUCCAUGAAUGUUUCUCCAAAGAAAUUUAUGGUAUCGUCAUCGGAAACGAGUGCUUUGGCGAGUCAUCAUCAUCAUGGAGCGACGACGGGAUUUCAUGUUGAGCGAAUAUGCGUAACUGGAUUGAUAGGAAGCGGAAAAACAUUUCUUAUUAACAAAAUUAUGGAAUAUCUCACCAUUCCUAAUUUUUCAGAUUUCAAACAACACAUGCAACAUGAAAAGAAAAAGUUGGAAUUUAUUGAAAUUGAAAAAGACAUUAUUGCCAAGACAAGAACAAUUGGUGGAACACAAAUUAAGGGUUUAAUUUAUGUAAUUCACCGCAAAGAGUACUUGACCUUACAUCACAGUCUAAACGAGUUACUACGUAUAGUACAACAUAAUGCCUCUCUUCAUUCCAUUCCGAUCGUUGUGGUGGGUCUUCACAUUCUAGGUGUUGCUCCCUUACUUGCAGACAAUUACAAAUGUAAGACCAUAAUGGAGGAAGAUUUUGAUGCUGCCACUCAACAUUUAUUUUCAUUAUUGCAUCAACAUUUCAACAAUCGGUGUUUCUAUUUAGAUUUUAUUGUAUCUGAGGACGUGGAGCAUGACAGGCAAAUGAUAUCAAGCAAUAUUGAAUACAUUUUGAUGAGCUUGACAAGUUCACCUCAUUCAACAACUCUGUCCAAUGAAUCCAUGACUAAAAAGUAUGAAGAUUUUAGGCAGCAACAUGAUGGUGAUUUUCAGAAUUAUGUGCAGAGCAUUAGCGAAAAAUCCACUCCAAACACGCUACCAGCAAGCCCUUCGAAUGUAUUUGUUUAA